GCUGGCUGACUUAUCUUGGAGUGACUUGAACUCACUGUGACUCAAACAGCUGUGGUCUUCAGACUCAACACGACAGGUUCUCUACUGGCCAGGUGACUUCUUCUACCUCUGAGCUGAGAUGGAUACAACCACAAUGAACUUCGCUUAUGUGACAGCCCCUGCACCCUGUUAUUUUGACGCUAAUAACACUUUUGGAGGUUAUCUAUCCAUCCUCUAUUACUUCAUCUUCUUCUUCAGUGUCUCUGGCAAUGUGUUGGUCCUGAUGAUCAUCUAUCGGUUUGAGAGGCUGACCACUGUGACCAACAUCCUGCUGUUGAACCUGGUGUUGUCAUCGUUGAUCUUUAUGACCAGCCUCCCCUUCUGGGCAGUCUAUCAGCAGGUAGAAGAAUGGAUCUUUGGGGAGGUCAUGUGCAAGUUUGUCAGCAGCAUAUACUACUUGGGCUUCUACAGUUCUGUCCUCUUUCUUACUCUUCUGACCUUCGACCGACAUCUUGCAGUCGUGUACUCCCUGGGCGCACCACGAGUAAGAAAUCAGCGCUAUGCAGUCAUCUCAUGUGCUGUGGUGUGGCUGGUCAGCAUCCUUGUUUGCAUCAAGGACAUACUUCUUCACUCCACAAAUGUUAAUCCUAUUAAUAACAAGAUAUUCUGCAAUAAUGAAGGGAACAACUUGGAAGAUGUUACUGUGCAGCGUCUAAAUGAAACCGGGUUUUACAUUCAGCUCAUCCUUUUCUUGAUCUUUCCUCUGGUUGUUAUUAUCUACUGCUAUGUCCGCAUUGCUAUCACUGUCAUAUCAUCCAAAAUAGUUACUAAGUUCAAGACAGUCCGGUUAAUAUUCUUUAUUGUCCUGUUGUUCUUUGUGUGCUGGACACCAUACAAUAUUACACUGUUGUUGGAAGAGAAAUCCCAGUUAACUUGGACUUGUGAAGGUGCAAAGAAAAUGAUUUAUGUAAAUCAUGUCACUCGUAACCUGACCUACCUUUACUUUUGUAUCAGUCCAAUUUUCUACACAUUUGUCGGGAAAAAGUUCCAGAAUUAUUUCAGAGUGAUGCUGGUGAGACGUUUCCCGAGACUGAAGAAACAUAUUUCUGUCAGUCACCAGAGUGGGACCAAUAUGUCCACAAAAAGUACAGGAAAUGGGCUUUAGGAAGGGUGAGGCCUCAGUCUCUUAGGACUGCUGUGUGAUCAUUGAGUUACAAGAAGGUGUGGUAAGAAUUUAGAUUCUUCUUUGUGUAGAAAAAGAAGAUAUAAAGUUAGAAUACAGAACCAAAAAUGAAUUAAACUCAAACAGAUUGUUCCGCCAUUUGUCAUUAAAAAACAACACAAAGCAACAUCCAUUAUUCAAUUUGCUCUGUUGCUAACGUUAACAUUAAUGCUGUUGAAGGUCUAUUUUGAAAAUUGCGGGACAUUUCAAAUUCAAGCCUAAGUCACCCAUUUGUUUGAAUAAGGACUGAUGUUAACAGGAAAUCAUGAUUCCCUACAGAGAAAAUGCACCACUCCCACUCUUUAUAAGUACAAAUGUUUUUUCACUUAUAUAGAGUUGGAAAUUUUAAGUGCUCCAAAGAUUUCCUUAUUUGGCGUGCCUAUGCGGUUGAUAAUUAGAAAAAGGUAGAAGUGACUGUCUGCCCCCUGGUGGUCAUAACUUCAUCGACUAAGCUUUAAAUUAACGUAAGAACACUGAAAUAUUGUAGGAAUCUGUAAACGACUGCUCUGUUCCAACUUUUGUUUUCCUCAACACUGUUUCCACCAUUGGCUGUAUAAAAAAUGGAAGUAGUCUCAGUGACAGUAUGCUCAUAUCCUUAUCCUUAACUUUUUUUUAAUACUACAUUUACUAAGUGGUGACCUUUGUAAAUGCCUUAUUUAUAACAACAGAUAACCAAAGUCUUUUUUUUUUUUUUUUCAAAUUUUCAUUCAGAUUUGAUACUGCACUAUUGUAUCAUUUAGCCUUGUAUAUAUUAGUCUUUGCCGUUCUAUGUUUAUAUUCAAUGUCAUACUUUUUAUACAAAGAAAGCAAAUUCAAAGUGUCUGUAAGCAUGGCCAAUAAAGCUGAUUCUGAUUUGAGGUGUAACAAAAUUUAUGUACAGCUAUACUUAAAAUAAAAUAAAGGGAACCUGUCAGAAAAAUGGACUUGAGGUUGCACUAUGUAUAGACUAUUCUAUUAAUAUAAUGUGCUUCGACAAAAGGAUGACUCAAGUGUGUACAGUCAUUUUCCAGAUGAUUCUUCAAGUGACUAUGUGUUUUGUACAUGUUGUACUCCUCCGCUAUCCCAUUAUAAAGAUGUCUUUAUGUGUAUGUAAUGAUUUGAUAUUUGUAAAAUGAUUCCUAAAAGAGUUAAAGAGAUAGUGUCUUGUAUAUUUGUCUGUGUAUAUCCAGAUAUUUGAAUAAAUCAAACCUUUUAAUCGGUG